GGGAUCGACACUUUCAUUCGGCCAACGCGGCGUGGCGAAGAGUUUUGAUUCUGUUUCUCCGUUAAAUGGAAAAGGAAUUUUUGUCACUCUUGCUUUGAAAAACGGAUCGGCGCAAUGAAGACGAGCGACGCGUUUCUGCUCCUGGCUAUUUUCGCGUUCAACACGAUCCGAUACACCGAGCAAAGCAGCUGGAAUUACGUUGUAUACCCAAACGGCACUGUGGAAAUAAUCGACUUGAGCCAAUCACCGGAGGAUUCGGCUAGCACCCUGAGCGAGCUGAAGGAAGAGGUUACAUUCAACCUCUACACGAAUUCGAACCCGGAGACAGAGGAGGAGUUGUACCUUCUCGACACCUCAACCCUUUCCAAAAGCAAUUUCAACGCCAGCAAUCCGACACGCUUCGUGGUCCACGGGUGGCAAAAUUCAAAGGCAGACCAAGUCUGCACGUCGAUCCGUGAUGCAUACCUCGCUGUUGGCGAUUACAACGUUAUCGUUGUGGAUUGGAGCGCUCAAGCGCUUUCGGACUACGUUACCGCCCGCACAAAGAUCGUGACGAUUGGGGAAUACAUAGGGCUGAUGAUCGACUUCCUGGAGGCGAUGGGAUCCAGCGUGGAAGACAUGAUAAUCGCUGGACAUUCUCUCGGAGCUCACAUAUCCGGCGUGGCGGGAAGAUCGGCGAGCAACACCGUGGGCGCAGUUGUUGGCAUGGAUCCUGCCGGUCCGCUUUUUUACAUGGUGGACACGUUCGCACGUUUGAAACCAACGGACGCCGAAUUCGUCGAGGUGAUUCACACGAGCGCCGGGCGUCUUGGUUACAACGGAGAACUUGGCGACGUGGAUUAUUGGCCGAACGGCGGUUGGUUUCAGCGAGGAUGCGGCCUUGAUAUUUUCGCAAUGUGCGCCCACUCGCGUUCUUACUUGUACUUCGCCGAGUCGAUCAUCCAGAGUAACAACACCUACACUUCCUACGCCUGCGAAAGCUACUCCGAAUACGAGGCCGAAGCUUGCCACUCCGCAAGCUCUUCAAUAAUGGGCGGAUCUACCCUGGACAAAACAGUAAACGGCACCUUUUACCUAACGACAAAUUCUGCAGCCCCGUUUGCCAGAGGUUGACGAUCAUUUUGACUAUUGUUUAAGUUUCGAUCGGAUAGAUAUUCGUUGCCAUGUUUGGUGAACUGAUUUUUACACCACUCUUGACGACCAAUUGACCGGUUUAAAGUCUGGGAUGAAAGAAUUACGUGAUCGGGGAUCGAGGAAGCGGAAUUAUAUCGAGGGAAUUUGAUGUUAUGUAUUUUCAAUUGGGGAAAUUGUAAAAUAAUCUUCUUUUUCAGACGGUUUUAUGAAAGUUUAACUUUGUUAGGUGAAAUUAUCAAGUUUCCAAACUGAUAUUCUCUAUCUUGAGGUGACGUUCUUCCGACUAAAACCGAAUCGAUUGAUCGAAAUUUAAACACGUUGAAUAAAAUGGAAGAAAAAAAUUUCAA